AUGGGUGAAACGGUGCAAUUACACCAGGUCAACAUCGAUUACGCUAAACGUACUCUCUCUCUCUAUACAAAUGAAGAUGUCAUUGCUGCGGAGGAUAUGGAGAUCUCUGAGAAACUCAUCUUAGCAGCUAUUCACGAAAACAUCAACGUGCAAAAAUUGCAGAAACGAUUCCCAAAUCAGAAGAUUAUCAGAGACGAAAAAGGUAUCAUUCGAUACAAGUCACGCAUUCAGAAUACCAAUUUGCCAUAUGACACAAAAAUGCCAAUUUUCAUCCCGAAUUACUCGGAACUAGCCAGGCUAAUCAUUCAUGACCUACAUUAUGAAAACGCACACUGUGGCAAAGAACAGACAUUAGUGCUGGCAAGACAACGAUUUUGGAUUCCCCAGCCAUCUAGAGUGAUCAAGAAAUAUCUGCGUACAUGCAUUACGUGUAAGAAAUGCCACGGAUUGCCAUAUGGAGCACCAGAGAUGCCACCAUUACCAACAGAUCGGCUAAUAAUAACCAAACCCUUUGCAAAUGUUGGAUGCAACUAUAUGGGACCAUUUGAGUCAAACGUCAAACAGAAAAUGUACGUCUGUUUAUUCACAUGA